CGAAAAUGACUUUAUUCAACUAACCAUAAAGAUAUUGGAACUUUAUAUUUUAUCUUUGGAAUUUGAUCAGGAAUAGUAGGAACAUCUUUAAGUUUACUUAUUCGAACUGAAUUAGGAAAUCCAGGAUUUUUAAUUGGAGAUGACCAAAUUUAUAAUACUAUUGUAACAGCUCACGCUUUUAUUAUAAUUUUUUUUAUAGUAAUACCUAUUAUAAUUGGAGGAUUUGGAAAUUGAUUAGUACCUUUAAUAUUAGGAGCCCCUGAUAUAGCCUUCCCACGAAUAAAUAAUAUAAGAUUUUGAUUACUACCCCCUUCAUUAACUUUAUUAAUUUCAAGAAGAAUUGUAAAAAAUGGAGCAGGAACAGGAUGAACAGUGUACCCCCCACUUUCUUCUAAUAUUGCUCAUAGAGGUUCUUCAGUAGAUUUAGCCAUUUUUUCAUUACAUUUAGCUGGAAUUUCUUCAAUUUUAGGAGCAAUUAAUUUUAUUACAACUAUUAUUAAUAUACGUAUUAGAAAUAUAUCAUUUGAUCAAAUACCUUUAUUUGUUUGAGCUGUUGGAAUUACAGCUUUACUUUUACUAUUAUCAUUACCAGUUCUAGCAGGAGCCAUUACAAUACUUUUAACAGACCGAAAUUUAAAUACCUCAUUUUUUGAUCCAGCAGGAGGAGGUGAUCCAAUUCUUUAUCAACAUUUAUUUUGAUUUUUUGGGCACCCAGAAGUUUACAUUUUAAUUUUACCGGGAUUUGGAAUAAUUUCUCAUAUUAUUUCACAAGAAAGUGGGAAAAAGGAAACUUUUGGUUCUUUAGGAAUAAUUUAUGCCAUAAUAGCAAUUGGUCUUUUAGGGUUUAUUGUAUGAGCUCAUCAUAUAUUCACAGUUGGUAUAGAUAUUGAUACUCGAGCAUAUUUUACAUCAGCUACAAUAAUUAUUGCUGUACCAACAGGAAUUAAAAUUUUUAGUUGAUUAGCAACUCUUUAUGGAACUCAAAUUAAUUACAGACCUUCAAUAUUAUGAAGAUUAGGAUUUGUUUUCUUAUUUACUGUUGGAGGUUUAACCGGAGUAAUUUUAGCAAAUUCUUCUAUUGAUAUUAUCCUUCAUGACACAUAUUAUGUUGUAGCACAUUUUCACUAUGUUUUAUCUAUAGGAGCUGUAUUUGCUAUUUUAGGAGGAUUUAUCCAUUGAUACCCACUUUUUACUGGAUUAAGAUUAAAUAAUUAUUAUUUAAAAAUUCAAUUUAUUGUAAUAUUUAUUGGGGUUAACUUAACUUUUUUCCCUCAACAUUUCUUAGGAUUAGCUGGAAUACCUCGACGAUACUCAGAUUACCCAGAUAAUUACUUAUCUUGAAAUAUUGUUUCAUCAUUAGGAUCUUAUAUUUCUUUAAUUGCAACAAUUAUAAUAAUAAUAAUCAUUUGAGAGUCAAUAAUCAAUCCUCGAAUAAUCAUUUUUUCAUUAAAUAUACCUUCUUCAAUUGAAUGAUACCAAAAUCUUCCGCCAGCAGAACAUUCUUAUAAUGAAUUACCAAUUAUAAGUAACU